UCUCUCUCUCUCCCCCAUCAGCACACACAUGAGAAAAAUCAUCGCUCGUGGAGGAGGAGGAGGAGUAGCGCUGAGAGGGGGUGUGGGGGGGCUCCUGCCUAUUGAUCUCUAAAACAUCUGGAACACCUCAUAUUUGUUUUUGUUUGUUUGUUUUUUUGGUCGCUGUUUCUUUUUUCUUCUUUUCUUUACCAAGGCAAGAGAGCCGGUGGUGCGUGUGGCCGCGGCAGGAGCAGUGAGACAGCAGCAGGACGGACCACUUGACACCUUUGCUUCACGGCAUCGAUAUGCAGUAGUGUGAUAGCAGCUCUGCGGAGACGAGGAGGCCAGUCCAUGGCAUCUUGAUAUUAAAAAACAGUGGUGCUCUGCGCAUUCCUCACCGACAGCCUGAUUUUUUUUUUGCCCCCCCUGCGGAGCCGGAGAAAAAAAAAGGGUUAACUUGGGAAAAUAUAUGAAGCAGCGGAGGGGAGGGAAAUCUUAAUUAUCCAAUUUGAUUCUUGUGUAUUUUUUCUAUUUUAUUUUUUGGAGGGGAGCGUGGUGGUGGUGGUUGGCGGAGAGGGGGGGGAUUCGUUGGGGAUAUCAUCAUUUGGACCUGCGAUAUGGACUCCAGCGCGGGGGAAUAUGGCAUGGCUCGUUUUGGAUUGCUUUUGGUUUGGAUGGGGCUGCUGCUGUGGAGAACCGCCGAUGCCUGCCCCGCAUCCUGCACUUGCAGCAUCUCAAGGAUUGUUUGUAUUGAUUCCGUGCCGGGGAUCGAGGAUGUCCCUGUCCUCAUGUUAGAUGACAUGGAAAACAUCACCGAGAUAUACAUCACCAAUCAAAACAGGCUGUUCGACAUCAGCGACAGCAGUCUGAGGCACUACAUCAACCUCAGAAACCUGACGGUGACCAGGACAAGACUGACGUCUAUAUCAUCAGGCGCUUUUUUUAACAAUACAAGACUUCAAUAUGUAAAUCUCAGAGACAAUAACCUGUCAACAUUGUCAUGGAGAACGUUUCAGAACUUUAACAUCUCAUAUCCGCUCCUCUUGUCUGGAAACCCUUUGGACUGUGUUUGCGAGAACCUAUGGAUCAAACUGAGGCUCCAAGAAGAACCAGACAGUCCAGAGCUGACAUGCAUAGACGAGAGAGGCGUGGCGAGGGACUUUGUGACGCUCACCCCACCAGACUGCGUGGUUCCUACAGUGGAGGUCACCCCCAAAAAUCUGACCCAGAUGCAGGGGACUGAUGCUAAAGCUGUGUGUCGGGCCUCGGGCUCCCCUCCUCCUGAGAUCCUCUGGAACCUGGAUUUACUGUCGACCCACUACGAGAUCGAACCUCUGGACACUGAGAACCGCCUCACCUUGUCAGGCCUGUCUCCUUAUGAUAACGGCAGGGUGAUCGUAUGCAGCGCCGAGAACAUGGUCGGUCAGACGGAGGCCACCCUUCAGCUCAACAUUCUCUUUGCCCCCACCAUCGAGCAGCUGCUGGGUCCAGAGCGGGACCACCACUGGUGCAUCCCCUUCACCGUGAUGGGGAACCCCAAGCCCGAGCUGCAGUGGUACCUCAAGGACGCUCCCCUCCAGGAGCAGGACUACAUUCGCACCAUGAUCCAUGUGUCCACCGAGAACGAGGACCACGGCUGCCUGCAGCUGGUCAACCCCACGCACAUCCACAAUGGCGAGUACAAGCUGGUGGCCACGAAUAAGUACGGCCAGGAUGAGAAGAAGGUCUUUGCCCAGUUCAUUGACCCGCCUAACAUCAGCCACACAGGUGAGUGUUCAGUAUGUUUAUUUCCAGCAAGUGUCUCUCCAGACCCACCGCUGCCUCCGCUGGAUGACAGUGUUGCAGUAUAUGUAGUUGUGGGAAUCGCUGGAGUUGCCUUGACAGGCUGCGUUCUGAUGGUGAUCAUUCUAAAAUAUGGAAGAAACUCCAAGUUUGGUAUUAAAGGCUCCUCCUCAGUCAUCAGUAAUGACGAUGACUCUGCCAGCCCUCUUCAUCACGUCUCCAAUGGCAACAACACCCCGUCGUCCUCGGAGAUGGGUCCAGACGCAGUGAUCAUUGGGAUGACAAAGAUUCCCGUCAUUGAGAACCCACAGUACUUCCGUAACUCCGGCAGCAUGCUGAAAUCUGACACAUUUGUCCAGCACAUCAAGAGACACAACAUCGUGCUGAAGCGGGAGCUGGGAGAGGGAGCCUUUGGGAAGGUCUUCCUUGCUGAGUGCUACAACCUGACACCAGACCAGGAGAAGCUCCAUGUGGCAGUCAAGACCCUGAAAGAGGCCAGUGAGAGUGGCCGAGCAGACUUCUACAGAGAGGCCGAGCUCCUCACCAACCUGCAGCACGAACACAUCGUCACCUUCUAUGGAGUGUGUGUAGAGAGCGAUCCAUUAAUCAUGGUGUUUGAAUAUAUGAAGCACGGUGACCUGAACAAGUUCCUCAGGUCCCACGGUCCUGAUGCAGUGCUCAUGGCAGACGGUCAACACAGUAUCCUGGUGGAACUCACUCAGUCCCAGAUGCUGCACAUUGCCCAACAGAUUGCUGCUGGCAUGGUCUACCUGGCCUCCCAGCACUUUGUCCACAGAGACCUGGCAACGAGGAACUGCCUGGUAGGAGAAAACCUGCUGGUCAAGAUAGGAGACUUUGGCAUGUCCAGAGAUGUUUACAGCACAGACUACUACAGAGUGGGCGGCCAUACGAUGCUGCCGAUUCGCUGGAUGCCCCCAGAGAGCAUCAUGUACCGGCGGUUCACCACGGAGAGUGAUGUGUGGAGCCUCGGCGUGGUGCUGUGGGAGAUCUUCACCUACGGCAAGCAGCCGUGGUACCAGCUCUCCAACAACGAGGUGAUUGAGUGCAUCACACAGGGCCGAGUGCUGCAGCGACCUCGCACGUGUCCUAAGGAGGUGUACGACCUGAUGCUGGGCUGCUGGCAGAGGGAACCCUACAUGAGGCUGAACAUCAAGGAGAUCCACAGCAUGCUCCAGAGCCUGGCCAAGGCCUCACCUGUGUACCUGGACAUACUGGGCUGACGUGUCCGUGUAUGUACUCUGCGUGCAUGUGUGCUUCGUAUGUGGACAAAGUGUUUGUGUGUCCGACUGAUGGGACGGAGACUAGAGGCGAGGAGGGAGUGAAGGCUGAGUGACUGCGUCUGUGUACAGAACCUGACUGUAAAAUGUCACUGUAAAUGCUACUGUCCGUGUCCUCAUCACAUCGAGAAAAGCCUUAAAUUCUAAGUGAUUCCGGUUCCGCUUUUUCUUUUCUUAUCGGUUUGCAACUGGGGCAUGUUUUCACAAACGGAAACCAAAAUACGUACAGGAUUAUGUAACUCUAUCCCAACCAUUAACACUCCAGACAUAAACUGUAUGCUAAAGGCAUAAAAAGAAAUGAGACAGCUUAUUCUGUCCAUACUAAACCAUCAUCCUGCUGUAAUUCCAUAUUAGCUGGGAAUGAGCAAAGGAAAUAUAACGUGCGUCCCCAUGAUGGACAGUAUGUGGACACAUCUUUGUAGAUAAAGCUUUUUUUUUUCUUUCACACAUAUUCUACCAGAAGACAAAAUUAAUUUAUAGCUGAAGCUUUUCCGUUAAUAUAUCACGGACUAUUUUAAUAUUUGUAGAAUUUAUAAAUGUUGACUCUGCUUCAUAGCAGUUGAUUUAAAUCUGUGGCUUCGGAGUCAUUUACAGAAAUUUGUAUAUGAUUAGACACAUACGUUUAAAAAGGAACAAGUAAAACCCCCUGUAGAUUCUUAUAGAUGCCUGUUAUAACAACCUCUUCCACUGAGGGACUCCCCAGCGUAAAAUCAAUGUUUAAAACACAAGGGCAUACAGCAUUUUAAGUUGUUUUUUGUAAUACUGCCAUGACCAUUUGUCAUAUCUUCUGUAUAUAUCUCCUCAUAUUUUACAGUAACUACACAUCUAUAACUACAAAUGUUUUCAAUUUUGCAGCCGUCUGCUCAUUUGGCGUAGCUAAAGCACAGAGAACGAGGACUUGGCUGCACAUUUUUGUUUUUCUUUUUUUUUUUCAUACACCAGCAAAGCCAUUCAGCAAAUCUUUGUUGUUCGGUGGCCCAUACCUGUAAAGUGAUGUGGUUUGUAUGCAUCUUCAGAGGCAGGUUGUGGCUGCCGAAGAGAUUGUGGGAAUUUCUUAAUGAGGGGUUCUUAGUUUUCAGCACUUUGGUUUUGUAUGCACUGAAGCCGUUAACUGUUUAUCUGUCAUUUAGUUACAUUACAAGAGUGUACUUUGAAGAUCUAAUCGUUAAUUCUACAUAGCGGGCUAUGAGAGGGCAGUAAAAGGAUUAAUUACGAGCCCUUGAAGUGUCCCAGGGGGGCUUUCAUCGCUCCUCGCAGCCCCACACUCAGGCCUGGUGGUGAGGCUAAACGUGCACGGGCGGAAAAUGGUUUUAAAAUUCACUCUUGUAAUAUCUCUGAUAGUUUUGUUUUUCUGAGAUGAAAAAUAAGCAAAAAUAUUAAAGCAAACUUCUGUAAUAAUCUUUGCAUAAUAGCAGCAAUUACUCCCUCAUACAUGUUUUAUUCCAUACGGAGGCGUAAAGCAGCGAGACAAGAAGUUACGUUUGUUAAGUGCACUUUGUAGCGUUACUUAACCCCUCAAUGCACAACUCAGCUGCACCUACUAACAGAAGAGAAUCACCUUUGCUCUGCUGGCCGUGACUAAAGCAAGUCCAAACUCUGAAACUCUUAUCCCCUAUGAAAACAGAUUUCUGUGUCCUUCUAUGUUUUUAUUCUGUAUAAAAGUCACUUGUCUGCUGUACAUAAACUGCUGUCCAUUCUGUACAGUUCUGAUAUUUGUCUAUAUGAACAGUAGGCUAUGUUUAAUAGUAUAAUCCGUUUUAAGCAGGUAUCAUGUCAAAACUGUGUGACAUCUAUUGAAGACAACGUGUUAUGGGCCACUGGCAAUACAUACUAUAUGUAAAUACGAUUUUAUUUGUGCUACAUUGUAUAAUUUCUUUGUGCUCGUUCAUAAUACCAGUGAGAAUACAAUCCUUUUUUGGCAACUUUUGAUCUGCAGAGGACUUUAUUUGAACAAUGUGUUUUUCUCUUAAGAAGAAAAAAAGAAAAGAAAAAUGAUCUCCUCUUUCCUCUCCACUGUGAUGGGGAACUCACACAGAGGCUGCCUGAGACGCUGUCUGUCUGUAGGAGGACCACAGACUCUAAACAUCAGGAUCUCUCCUGGCCGACAGACGUCCCGGCAGGCACGUGGCCGAUGGCGAGGAGGUCAGAAGGUCGCCUCCUGGCCAACCCCACCACUCAACCUCUGACUGACUGUAGCCUAUUUUGAUCCUCUUUCAGAUGAAUAACUGUGACUUUGCAUCAUGAAUAGUAUAUUAUUUUGAAUGUAAUCUAGAAGGGUGGGGACCUUUUUUGAAUGUAAUCUAUCUUGGGGGGUGGGGCGUUAAUGACUUUUUUGUAAAUAUAUGGUAAAAGAAGAAAAAAGAUGAGUUUUCAUUCCUGUGCAGAUAACAGAUUUUACUUACCGUGUGAAUACAAAGACAGUGUGCUUGUGUGUGUGUGUGUUUGCACAUACAACUGAAUGCAAGCGAGCGUGACUGAGUGUGUGUGUGUGUGUGUGUGUGUGUGUGUGUGUGUGUGUGUGUGUGUGUGUGUGUGUGUGUGUGUACUCUCCUGGCAGAUUUAAUCCUGCUUUAAUCAGCCAGUUCUAUCAAUCAAUUCAAUGCUUUGUGCAUCAUGUGAGUAGCUUAUCCACAAUUAAUGGAAAUGUUCCUUGUGAUACUGUGCAUUUAAUAAAGGUGGUAUGUCUUACAAUACG